CCAGUGACUCACACCCAGUCCCCAGUGCCAGGAAGUGGCAAGAGGAGGAAAUGACUGGUGGGGCCCUUUCGUUCCCUCACAGCUACCCGGCACGCCGCACACCCGGUGCUGAGCAGGCCCUGCCAUGAAGCCCUUUCCCGUUUUGCUGCUUGCUGUGGUGAGCCUUGCAGCUGCUGUGGAUUCACAAGAUUCAGAAACGACAGCCUUGAACCUUGCAUGGGAAGAGAUCGUCACAACUGCCACUUCAGAGUUCUCAGUUUCAACAGAUGACUUUACUACUUUGCAAACGACACCUGCAGAGGAUUCAAAGGAUAAAAGUACAGCACCAAGCACCAGAAGCCAAACACCUGAAGAGGACAGAACGACAGUGGCAUCUACUGUGAAAGUGAUAACAACUGAAGGCACCAGUACUACUAGUACCAGCAGCAUUACGAGACCCUUUAAAACCAAAAAACGCUCCUCAUUUGUUAGCCAGGAUAAGGAAGCAGAUAUUAAACCUCAUAAAGAUGAAAAUUUUGAAUACGAUUAUAGCUCUUUGCGCAAGUGGGGGCUGAUAGCAGCUGCCAUCCUCUUCAUCCUGGGCAUCCUGAUUCUCACAUGUGGUAAACACGGGAAGCUCCUACGAUGCCGAAGAAAAAAGCGAACCAGAAACUAUGAUGUGACCCUUGUCUGAAGUGAUGGGUGUCCUCCUGAGGACCAGAGGGGCCCUUUGGAAGCUGCCCAAUAUUGUAGAAAUGAUUCUGUUCUUCCCAAAUGGAAAUGUCGCUGCCUAGUUUCCCUACACCCUGCAGUCCCUGGCUGUCCUUUCGAUUCAGUCCCUGCCUGCUCCCACCAUCUCUGCCUACUCCCUAUUGUACUCUCAUCAUAACUCUGUUAGUCCCUUUGUAGAACCAAAACAUUGGAGAAGUUGUCAUUCUUUUCACACAUAUGUAUUUUGGCUCCUGGAUUUGGGGCCAGGCCGCUGACACUCUGGGCCAAGAAAAACCCCUCAUGCCCAAGCACUACACCAAGACAGCUCAAAUUCUGUACUCAUAAUAAAAUUCUUGGUGUGGCCCA